CAGUUGACGUAGUGAAUUCUCAAAAGUGAUGGACUUGAGUGCCUUUCAGAAUACAACCACAUUUUCAUCAGUAUUUCUACCUUAUUUGGAUACAUUUAUUGUCACGCACAAGAAUUUCUAGCGUGUUAUUUCUCGCCUCUGACGUCAUGAUCCAACAUGACAAAAACGAAGUGUUCAGAAUAUUGGUGUCCCAAGUUCUAAAAAGAUUAUCCUUUAAAAAGAUUAUCCUAAUUAAUUAUAGAAUAAUGACGAUUGAUUUCCAAGUGGGAAGAAUUCUCCAUAGAGUUCCUCAGACCAUCGCGACGACAACAUCGUCGUCAGUCAACGUCACUUUAUCAUAUCGAAGUAUCUCAAGACGGACCUCGGAAACCUUGGAGUAACGUUCUCCACCUUCUCUUCGGAUCUCUUCUCGUGCGAAGUCCCGGAUAGCGGAUGAGGAACAUCACGUGUAACCUUCGACUUGGUACGUCAUCGGCAUAUUCAGAGCCCGGAGGGCAGGCCGCCUCCGCGGAUUCUCUCACGUGCUUCUCCUUUUCCGGGAGCCACUGGCUCGACCGGUUGGCCUUCGACAGAUCGGUCGGUCGGUCAAUCGAGUAAAAUUGCCAAAUGUCGUUAGCCGACGUCAUCUCUCUUCUCUUCUCUCGUCGAUGCAAUCGGUCCGAUCCUCCCGUGGAACAGACGGGCGAACGAGCGGCCAGGUAGCCGGCUAAUUUACGAGAAUCAUGAUCGGGCUCGCAAGCCUCCUCUUCCUCGCGGUCGGCUUGGCGAACGGCCAACUCAACUUCGAGGGAAACCCGCUCACCGAGUAUACCGAUUACACCGCCGAGGAGAGCAACCUCUCGGAAAAGAGCGUCAGAGAAAAGGACAUCUCCAUCGACCUCUUGUCGAACUCGGCGGUGUCGCGUCCUCAGAGGCUCUAUCCGGUCUUCGAGAAUCCUGAGAGUCCUCGAGAACCGACCAAGACCAUGGACGAUCUGUUCUCCGACAAAUCGCAACAUGUGCUCUCGGUCCACAGCCCACGCUCGCAGGACGUAUCCUCGCGACAGUUGCAGAUCUCCGCCGACCAGAACUCGCCGAUCGAUUCGGCGGAGUUCGCGCUCAACACCUUCCUGAACUCCAAGACACCCGAGGAGUCUCGUGUGUCGCUCGACUAUUUCCUGCGCAGCCAACAAUCACCAGAGGCCCAGUCCCGCUCGUCCGACGUCACCGUGAUCGACCAGGAUAAGAUACUCGAGCGAAUGGACACUCAGCCGAUCAUCCACCGAGUGGAGCAACGGCAACCGCUGCUCUCUCAAGUGGAACAACGACAACAGCCGUCGCUGCCCCAGGCAGAGCACACGAUUCACCUUCAUCUGACGCCGCAGAUGGACCAGGGUCAGCUGAUAUCGCAGCUGAUGCCGCAACAGAUCGACCAGCAACGGCAGCAACUGUCGACCGGCCAGAGUUUCGCUUACGCGGCGCAACCGGUCGCCCAGACAGUGAUGCAACCGAUAGUCAGGGCUCCAGCGGGUGUCCUGGGUCCGGCGACGAUGCUGCAGCCGGUGCCGAUCGGGCCUGGCGUGCAGGUGAGGAACGACAUGAUGAUGCCGGCGAUGUGGCGGCAGAGGAUGAAGAGGUUACGCGCGAAGCCGUUGCCGGGCGUCCUCCCGCAGGCCAGGAUCGCGCCCGGGUUGUACAAAGGACCUGUCACGGUACCCUUCAAGGCCCAGGCGCCGGUGGAGGUGAUCUACACGAAACCACCGGGUUUCCAUCGAGGACCGGCGAACAUGAUCGGCAACCCGUCCUUUGAGGACGCUGGCGGUUGGUUCCCCGACUCCGAUUAUCCGCCGCCCUCGAAGGACGUCUACUAUUCUCAGCUGUACACGCAGUCCUAUGACCCGCACUACUACAACUACAUCGCCGCGACCGGCAAGAUACGGCCGCAUCUGUACGGCAAGCUCGGCAAGCGCAAGGAGGACCCGGACGGCGGCAUCUGGUCGGAGCUCUACCGCGGCUUCACCCAGCACGGUUUGAAGAAUCUUAUGACGCCGACCUUCCUCCUAGGCAUGACCCUGCCGGUGGUGACGCUCAUGCUUUCCGCCCUCGUGCAGAAACGCUCCAUCGCGAGGGCGGACGCCCGCGACUUUGCACAGGAAGACGCACUCCGGGAGUACCUGGAGAGGCUGCAGCGGGCAAUGAUGUGUUACGGGGCUAACAGGAGCACCUCGGCGAAACGCGAGGAUGGGUGCUGAAGGCUGUGAAGAGAACGCUACGACCGAUCUGGGCGAGUGAUUUACGAUCUACGAGUGAUCUACGAUUGAGGGGUUUGCGCAUGGAAGAGAGAGAGAAAGAGAGAGAGAGAGAGAGAGGCAGAGAGAGGCGCAGGAUUCUGAGAUUUCCUACUUUAGUAUAAGGAUCACAUCUAUUAAUUCAAAGUGCAAAACUCAGAGAUGGUCGCGUUCAUUGAGAAAUACUCCAUGAGGACACAAACUUCGCCGUUCUCAAGUAAGUAAUCCAAAUCAUUAGCAAAAAGAUUUGAACCGAGGAACACGUCGUCGCUAAGAAACAUGCACUAAAAAAAAGAAACCUCUUGAAAAUUUAUUUGUAGGAUAUAGAUUUUAUUUCUGUGAAAUAAAGUUUAUUUCUCUCUCUCUCUCUCUCUCUCUCUCUUUUAUGAAUAAAACUAUAUUCAUCGCAAAUAAAUUUUCAAGUAUCCUUUCCUCAAGACGUUCGGGUGAAACGCGUCGAACGCAGAGGAUCCUCGGAAAUUUAUGUAAACCCGUUUUCUCUCACUUUGACAUCUCAGAUUCUCAUGUCUUCUGUCGCGAAGUACGCCGAGAAAAAAAUACCGGAACAUUUAUUUGUAAUUAAGAGUUUUGGUUUCACAGAAAUAAGCGUUAUUUUUGUGAUUCUUUUUUCUUUAUAUUACAUAACACCCAAGUAUUCUUUUCUCAGUGUGUAACUUGGAUUUUCGCGUAUGAAUUAUCGCUUUCAAAUCACAGUAUGUGAGUAAAGUGAUCACAGUGAUGUAAAGAGGGGAAAAAGCAGCGGUGAUCGAAGCGCUCAGCUUCAGCUGAGAGGAUCCAGACGAAUCGGAGGUUCUCGAUACAACGGAACGACCGUUUCUCGCGCUCGCGGCUUGUUAGCAUUUGCCGUGCACGCUCGAAUUCUUGCGAUCACUUCUAGAGCAGGCCCGAAGAAUGAUACACGCGCGCGUGUUCCCGCGUUGUGUCAUUAGCGUUACGCAAGACCGGCGUCUCUCCGCCGUCUCUCUGUCAAACAGGUGUGUCAUUACCGGCGGCAAAGGAAGAAAAGGUGCGAGAAACGCCGCUGAAACCAUUGAAUAAAGAAUACCAGUGCUGGGAUUUCUGUAACUCGUUAUUAGAGUUAACGACAGUUUCGUUAUCGUUUCGCAGCUUUUGUAUAUCGUAGAAAAACUUCUGUAACGAGUUACAGAAUCCCAGCACAGGAAGGAAUAUGUUGCGAUAUAUCGUGGGUAAUCGAUUGUGUUGCAUUGGUUCAGUUUGAUGACGUGAAGUGCGUCAUAAGGUGACGUUACUGGAAACACAGUCUGGCGGUAUACUUUAAACAUCUUGGAAGUGCACUGUUAGAAAACUUCUCUCUAAAUAAUUUAAUAACUGGGUAUUAAAUUUAAUAACUGGGAUGUGAAGUUUUUUUUACAUAACUAUGUUAUAAAAAGUAAUAGUAAAAUCAAUAUUAUAUUUUUAAUAACACAUAGUUGCAUAAUUUUUGCGAUAGCAUAAAGGAGAACCAAUGAAGAGAUUUCUGGAUAGCUCCGUUGAAAUCUCGAUGAAGGCCACGAUGCUUUGCAAGCUGAAUCUUUCAGGUCACGUGACUGAAACAGUCUCGUAUUUAUGAUAUAUUAGAAAAAUUAUUCUAACAUAUCACAACGUGUUAUAAUGUUUCAUAAUAAGAAAACAUGGAAUAUAAGAUAGAAAAUAUUAGAUUUCAUAAGAAAUAUGAAAUAUUAUAACUAAU